GUUGCGCCUGCAACGUCGGAGCGACGACGACGUCGAAGCGUCAUUUAAAGACACAAAAAUAAAGGAAAUCAGAAAGUGCUAAUUUACACAAAGACCAAAGGUCCCUGCAAAGCAUCAAAAGGAUACCAGACAAAAUGCAUACUUAAUAGAUUGCGAACCAAAAGUGCGCACACGCCGCAUAGUGGAACACCUGCUACAAACCAACUGUGAUAUCAUACCUAGAAAAAUAUUAAAGUUUUAAACAUAACAAACCAAAGUCUAACUUUUAACUUUUAAACAUUGCGUGAGUGAUCCGUGGUCCAGCUUCCUUCGCAAAAUAUGUCCGUACCGAUGCUGCUGACGCCGCUGGAGGCGCAAACACUGGAUGAGGAUAUGGAAAAUUGCGCCGCGUACGUGGAUGCCGCAGCAGCGAUAGUGCAUAACAACUAUGCUAGCAACGAGCUGUUGGACGAGCAAAUCCAAUCCGCAAGCGUCUGCAAACCAAUCCUGCGUACCUUCAAUGUGCGUUUGCAGUCGCCUCUGGCCGAGGAGGAGCAGCUGGCCCUGACUGGGGACGCCAAGGCUCUGGGCGAAUGGCAGUUGGGACGCUCCGUGACCCUCCAGCGCGUGGAUGACCUGAAUUGGCAUACCACGGUUCUCCUGCACGCCUGCCGUCGGCUGCAGUACCGUUACUUCGUCUACGUGCAGGACGCGCUGGGUCAUAAGCAAAUACGUCGCUGGGAGACGAGCUUCAAGCCUCGUCAGUUGGGGCCCUGCGCUGACGACUGCAGCGAGCAGCUGCCAGAUAACUUUGGAGUGGUCAGUGCCGGUGCCGAGACGCAAGUGCAUCGUGGCUGGCUCACCCAGGAGGCUGUUGUUCAGCUGAAGUUCAACGGCGAGAAGAUGUUCCAGGUGCACGACAUCGAGCAGUUCGACCCACAGCAUAUACAGCUGAAGGUGGUGCCCGUGGAGGCGACAACCGGACUACAGGUGGAGGUCAGCAAGCAGCGCUACGGCAGCAGUCAGCUACAGCAGCAGCCAGCACAUGGUGUGAACUAUACCAAGAGCGAUGUUGUUAUCUUCCACAUCACUCUGCCAUUGACUGGCGGUCGGCAGUCCUUCAGGCUGGAGUGCUACAGUCUCCAGAACGAGUUGAUUGGCAGCGCUCGCCUCAGUACGGAGCAGCUGCAGGGUAGUGAGGGCUUACUGCAGCUGGCCAUCAAGUCUGAAAAAGAGCCGGAGGUAGUCAUUGCCCGUUUGCGCCUGCCCUAUGUGGUUGUGCAGCCCUACAACCUGUCGUCGCUGGACUUCAGAAACACCUAUGCCCAUUACUGGCCAAAAAGUUGGCCCAAUCUGGACGUGGGUCAUCGCGGCAAUGGCAAGUCUUACAUUGCGGAUGCCCCUGAAGAGCGGGAAAACACGAUUGCGUCCUUUCUGAGCGCCCACCACUAUCUGGCUGACAUGAUUGAGCUGGACGUUCAUCUGACGGCCGAUGGCAUUCCGGUGAUUUACCACGACUUCGGGUUGCGCACAGCACGCCAAGGCAAGGUUAUCGAGCGUGCCGAACAGCUGGAAUAUGUGCUGAUCAAGGAUGUUAGUUACGAGCAGCUGAAGCGCCUGCGUAUCUUUGCAGUCAUCGAGGGCAAGGUAGUGGAGUACCCUUCCCACAACGCCGAGCCCCGUGCCGAGCAUCGCAUCUUUCCCCGCCUGGUCGAGGUUCUGGAGCAGCUGCCGCGUUCGCUAGGCAUUGAUGUCGAAAUCAAGUGGCCGCAGGGAAAAGAGGGUGGCGGCGUGGAGGCAGAACAGACAAUCGACAAGAACUUCUUUGCCGAUCGUGUGCUACAGACGGUUAUUGGCCAUGGGUGUGGUCGACCGUUGAUAUUUUCCAGCUUUGACGCCGAUAUGUGUACCAUGCUGCGCUUCAAGCAAAACCUCUUCCCCGUCAUGUUCCUCACCAUGGGCCAGACGAAGAAGUGGCAGCCCUUCAGCGAUCUGCGCACGCGCACCUUUGCCGCUGCCAUAAACAACGCGCAAGCCUUUGAACUGGCCGGUACUGCGCCACACGCCGAGGAUUUUCUGGGCGAGGAGGGUGCACAAAUGCUGGAGCAGGCCCGCGCACAAGGACAAAUUGCCGUCAUAUGGGGUGACGACUGCAAUUCCAAGGAGCGCGUGAAGUACUUCACGGAUAUCGGAGCAACGGCCACAUGCUACGAUCGGACCAAUCUCUACAUUAAUAAAGACAAGCAGCGGGCGUUCUUCAACUCGACCGCGCUGCUGGCGGAGUUCGAGGCGCAGUGUCCGGUUUAAGAAGCUGGCCUUAAGCAGGGGGGUAGUAUACUUUUAAAAUAUACUUCAUAUUUUUUCACACAUGUAAUUUGUUAUCUUUUAAAUACGAUAAUUAAUGCAAAGACGCUUUAUAAAUUGCAAGAGCCCCCAUUCCAAUCUAUAGCGGGCGAGCUAAUCGCAUACAUGCAUACUAUAUGUCUAAAAAAAGGAAAUAAUUAACUCGUAUAGAUUGUUUAUCUAAGAAUGUAUAAAAUAAUGAGCGUUGCUUUUCUUGUUUGACAAGCGGUGAUAAUGAUUAACAAUUAAGUUCAAUGUACAAUAAAAAAAGUAGAAUAGCGAGAAUUAAAGGCGAGACAAAGUCAGUUGUUAAUGUUAAUCAAGACGCCAACUUGUUGGGGUUUACCCCACGAUAUGUACAUGUGUAGGAGAGAACGCAGGAUUGGUAUUAUAAAGACAAUGAACCAGGACAGCUAAGCAAAUGCAAAGCAGUUAAAAAUAAUAUAUGGAUUUAUAUACACAAUGUUACUCUUAAACGCAAACUACCACCUGCAUACUAUUUUUGAUUACACACGAUAUUCGAAAAUCAAAUAAAAAGCAAUAUAUUUUAAAAUA